AUGUCAGCAACUAGAAGAAAAAACGGCAUUCUGGUUCUCCAACAAACAUCAAAUGUCGGAAGCAGCGGUUCUACACGAGCUGCAACCAAGAACGCUGCAAAUAAUAACACCCGCCGUGCCACGACUCUACUCCGAGUCGACCGCUCCUCUAUGUGGGGCGGAACAUCGAACUUCUUCAACCCAUACAAGAAAAAACGAUAUCUUCAGCAGGAUGAUUUAUUCCCUACAAGUCCGUCCUCAGCUGGUGGACUGGGAGACGCAGAGUCAUCAGAAGACGAAUUUCCUCCAAAACCUUCUAGGACCAGUUCUACUAGAAGCAAAAAUUUAGAGAGAAUGACUUCAGAAAUACAGGAACAAGAUGGAAUGAAGAAAAAUAGUACUAGUUCCAGUAGAGCUAGAGAAGAAACUUCUACCAAGCCCACAUCAAAGUCCUCUCGUUAUUCUCAAUGUCGACAGCAGAGCAGUAAGACCUCCUCGAAUAAGCGAAGCAACAGCAAAACCACACCUACCGCUGCUGAAAAACAGUUUUCACGCAAAUUCGGAAAUCGUCAUGGGACCGUGAUUUUAGCAGGUAGUAACGGCGUCAUGGUAGAGACCGAGCACAGUGGCAACUGCAGCACGGUGCACGAACUAGCAAAGCGUGUGAACGCCAAAAGACCUCGCCGAAGCGGACUCGUAUCGAACCUCUACGAUGCAGCACACGCAGAUCGUCUCUUGAUCCGUAACGAAUGCGAAAGUUUCAUCACGAAUAUCGUUUGUUCAAGGGUUUUCGAUGCGUUCAUUGGACUCCUGCUCUUGCUGAACGCUUUCGUGAUGGGUUACGAACAUCAAAAAUUUCCUCAGCAUCAUGUUGCUGGCACAGCAUCUGACUCGGACAAUGACGACACAGCGUUUCGUGUCCUAGAUAUGAUCUUUCUAGGUCUCUUCACUAUGGAGCUGGUGAUGCGGUAUGUGGCAGUGGGGAAGCAGAUGAAGCACUUUACGAAAUGGAUGUGGUUUGACGUGGCGAUUGUGAUCAUAGGGUUCUUAACCGAAGUGUUAGUGCCGUUGAUGGAAGAGUUUAACGAAAAGAACAGCGAAUACGUGUCGAUGGCCAAAGCGUUGCGGUGCUUCAGGGUACGACUACAACUCCUUACCUACUCGAGAUUGAUGUUCUUCAUUGGAACAAGAAGUUGCUUGCUCCUGUUCCGUGAGGACCUCCUGACUCAACAUCAACAAAGUUGUAAGUACUUCUACUCAACAAACAGAUAAUCCGCAUGUUUUCAAUGAUCGAGCACUUAUGGACAGUGGCGCUGACGUUCCAGUUUGCGGUGCAAAGCCUAUUUUGGACCGUCAUAUUCCUUGUCAUAGUCGUCUUUAUUUUCGCGAUGUUCGUGGUUGCGUUGGUUAAACAACCCCCACCAGAAUACUUCGACGGGUUACUACAUGAUGCGGAUCCGAUAUUCUUAAGGCUUCCUCCUGUAAUCUUCGACGAAGCUUCUCCCAAACCUGACGUUCCAGGAAUCGACGUAAUGAAUCCAUCUUCAGAAGCACCUGGCUUCACGAAAACGCUUAUUUCUUUCAAAGGGUGUGUUGAUCUACUUCGUUCUAAGAGGAUGAUCUCUUCUAAGAUACGAGCGAGAGUUUUAUCGAACACUUCCAGCUAUGUUGGCAUUGUUCGAAAUCAUGACAUUGGAUAAUUGGGUAGAGACUACGAAAGCAAUAGUGGAAGCGACGGAGAAACCGGUACUUGCUUUGUUUUAGCUUUUGUUUAUGCUGCUGUAGGGGCUGUGUUUCAUCAUCUCCUGUAUGAUGUUGAAUGUAGUUUGCGUUAAUAUGCACUUGACAAGUAGUUGUUGAGAGCUAGUUGUAGAUGUAGAGGUGAAAUUUCGAUUCGGCCAGCACAAGAAUGAAGAAUAACGUCUCCUCUUCUUGUUACUCCUCUUCACUUUCCAUCAGGUAAUCAUGACUUGCUUCUUCUGUCUGUUCCUCUCCAUCCUGGCCUUGCUGGUUAUGAACAUGAUCACGGCUGUGGUUUUCACCUCUGCCUCACAAAGGGCAGUCGAAGAACAGAACCCUUUUGUCUACAAAAUGGUCAUGCACAAAGCUCGAUUUGAUGCGAUCUUUGAUGCUUUCGAGGAAAACAGGGUUGGAGCAGUGUUGGAACAGCACCAAUUUUGGGGAGUGAUCACGUCGGCGCCAGAAAUAUUUCAGCAAGCAUUGGGGUACUUGGGGAUACUGUGCGAAUCAGAUGCUUUGAGCUUGCUCUUUCCGUUGUUGGACAUAGCAAAUGAUGGAUGUAUAAGAAAAAUGGAUUUAUGGCUUGGACAACAGCUAUUGUUGUGAUUUUCCCACUGACGAUCGUCACCCGCGUGUCCGCUACAAAUGGUUUUCAAUUUAUAGAGUUUGAAUUAAUUAGAUGAUAUGGAAACGUUCAAGAUGAAUGGUUCUGGUAUUUGGUAACCUGAAUUUGAUCCUAAGGGAAAACAAGAAGAGAACCCUUAGGAUCAAAUUCAGGUUACCAAAUACCAGAACCAUACACAAGAGUAAUUGACAUUUGUUGGUGAGGUUUUUAAUAACGAUUGAUUAAUCCACUUUCAUCUAUCCUAUCUCCAUUAGAUGAGAUAGAUUUUCGAACUCGUCGUCCUCGUCUCUCCUUAUCUCCCCUCAUCUCUUCCUUUUCUUGCUUUUGAAGAUCGUCAUCAUCAUCGUCAUCAUCUUCUCUAACUCAUUUCAUCCGCGUCCUCGUUGUGAUCGAGGCCUUGAGCGAGGAUCCAGUGGCCGUUGCUCUGGUUCAAGCUGGCGAGAACUUAGCCAGUAAGAAAUUCUUCUUAGCACGGGCUUUGUUGCAACAAGACCCUGGCUUGCGACUCCGGUGGGACGAAGCACAACUACAGGGCACACUUCAACAGGCUCUACAACAGAGUGGUCUACAGUUAAGGUCAACAUUUAGUGUCGUCCAUCUUUCUCGGCAUCUCGGUACCCUUUUCCCUUGUAUUUUUGUUCCUAUGAAAUGAUACAAGUGUAGUAAAAAAGGGGUCAAGAUGAGGGGGCCGAGAUGCAAAAAUCUAGCAGACUCUAACACAGGGUAGUGCUGGUGGAGGAGGAGGAAGAGGAAGUGGUAACUCGUUCUUUCAAUAUGGGAGUGAGGUUAUCAACGUCAACGAAGCCAAUAAGAGGACCUUCUCAGCUAAAAGAUCAUCGACAUCCAACCUUGGUGGUGCACUGAGUGCUAGGUCCACGUCUAGUGCGCGCGUGCAUCCUCUUUCACCGAAAAGCAUGUGGGAGGUCGAAGGAAGUGAGAACAACCCUGCCUUAGUUGCGAGGGAGGAGAGGGAAAUCAAGAAGAAAGUCGUGAAUGUUAAAAAUUGCCUUGAAGAUGAAGAAAGUAGAGCAGUGGUUGAGCAAAUAAAGAUUCUAGCCACUGAUGUUGUCAGGAACAACGAAAAUGAGACAGAUCGAGCAGAAGUUGAUACAGAAACACUAGAAGCACAGCAGUACGAGCAGACGAAACAAGCAGAAGUAGCCGUGAUCUUAGCCACGAAGAAAGAAAUACUUCCAGAGUUCAUCACAACAGAGGAGUAUAAAGACGAAACUACUCCUGUAUGCGAGGUGAAGGACCAACAAGAACAUCAAGUACCUUCAUCUUCUUCGUAGAUGAAACUACUUGUCUCAUUCAUCUUUAAUACAACUACGAGUGCCACAGCACUCCCGUUAUCCGCUGAAUCCUCGGCAUCUCUUAGAAGCAAAAUAGAAAUACCGUUUAGGAGAAAGACUCAGGAGAAAUAGAACAAGCACAAGCCUUUAUGUUUAUAUGUUUAGGAGAAAGACUCAGGAGAAAUAGAACAAGCCUUGAUAAGACAAGAAAUGUCUAGAAAAAGUCCAAGUAUACGAGGGGGACGCACGAAAAAUAACGAUUUUCCUCAGAGUAUGACAACCACAGAAAAAUGCACAGACCUUUCCAAGAAUACUAUAAUUAAUACACGUGUUUUACGAUGAAGAUGAUAUGACCAGAUUCCGCUCAUCCAUAAUUGUGAACCUCAAAUUUUGAUUUUCUGGAGCACGUCAAACACGAAGAUAAGUAGAUAGAUCGUCUCUUUUUAAAGCUUCUAGCAGCUAGAGCAUCCUUCCAAAUUUUGCCUUCGUCUUUAUUCAUCAGAGUUUUGCAGCCAGGCUGGGCCAGCUAAGCAAGUAGAAUUCCGCGAGAUAGUGUUUCAUAGAACAACAAGAACAAAGUAGUAAAUGUUACAAUUCUGGUAUAUUAUUUCGUAGCAGCAUGAAUGGCCAUGAAGUUGAACAUGUUGUUGAUAUGUAAAAAUGCACAGUAGUCACUACAGUCACUCGACGAACGCUGUCACACGACGAAAGAAACGGUCUUUCAUUGGACAAAGAAAAAUGUGUACAGAACAGAAACAGAUGGUAGGGUAAAGAAAAAGCCCGCAU